AAAGAAUUAAAAAUCUCGUGAAUUUGAAGGGUAAACUUGAAAAAGGGUGUUUUUUUGUGUUUAAAUGUGAUUCGCCCAACAAGGCCAUGCGGUUAUGGUUGAGGCCUGAGGGACUCCAACGCACCAGCAAUAGCAGCAGCAACCAAAGCCUUUAUUUAUUUAGUGCCAUUGGCGUCAGUCUGUAGCUCCACCUUUUGCUGCAACAAUAAAUAUACCCUCUUCUUCUUCUUCUUCUUUCUCUCUUUUUCAUUCCCCCAUUUCUUUACCAUUUCAAUUUCCCUUCUCUUUUUGAUCCAUUUUGAAUGUUCUUUUUGGGUUUUUGCCUUCUGGGUUUUGUUCCUUUUCUUGAUUCUUUGCUCUAAUGGAAAACGGAGAUAAGCUUGUUGUUCAAGCGACUGAAAUGGGUUCACGUGACGAACCCAUUUCAAUUCCUAUCCAAAAGGAUGAAGGCACAGCUGCUGGGAUUACUGAAGAAAAAGAGCAUUCUCAUCAAUGGAAGAGAUCAAAUCUUGUUCUAGAGAUACCGUCUCGAACACCCGAAUCAUCCCCGCAAGAUUAUCAUGCUAUUAAGAUGCCUCAAACUCCUAGGAAAGUGAAUUUUCUCUUGACACCAAGCCCCUCAGAUGUGAGAAUUAAUGGAUCUGGAUCACCUGGUCCAUCUUCAUCUAGAGGCAAAUCAUCUAUAAGAAGUCUCUUCCCCAAGUUGAGCUUUAUCCAUAGAAGUUCUUCAGACGUUGAGAAGGUUGCUAACCUCGCUCUUGAAGGUUCAUUAAAUGGGGCACAAGAGAAGCCUUCAAUAUCUAGGUCUUUGUCUCUUUCUAAGAUUUUCACCCCUAGGAUAAAGAGGACUUCAUCACUUCCUGUUACUCCCAUCAUUCACUCGAACCCUGAAUCAGCGCACGGAGGAACAAGAGGAGGCGCGACGAACGUUAUUGGAAAAGGAGCUCAACGACAAAUAUCUCGUUCGCUUUCGGUCCCAGUGAAUGAUAAAGAGUCGAGUUUGAGAAGGAUGGAUUCGUUUUUCCGUGUAAUUCCUUCGACACCACUUGUGAAGGGAGGAAGUGGAAAGCUAAAUAUAACCAUAGAGGAAGCUGAAGAAGAUAAUGCUGGUGAAGAUAUACCUGAAGAAGAGGCUGUUUGUAGAAUCUGUAUGGUCGAAUUGUGCGAAGGCGGUGAGACGUUAAAGAUGGAAUGUAGCUGCAAAGGUGAACUUGCUUUGGCACAUAAGGACUGUGCCAUCAAAUGGUUUAGUAUCAAGGGGAAUAAGACAUGUGAUAUUUGUAAGGAAGAGGUCCAAAACUUACCCGUUACUCUGCUAAGGAUCCAAAGUAUUCGAGCUCGAAGCACCGGAGCAAUCAGAGCUCUGCAAGAAGAUGUCAAUGGAUACAGGGUUUGGCAGGAAGUUCCCGUGCUCGUUAUCGUGAGCAUGCUUGCUUAUUUCUGUUUUCUUGAGCAACUACUGGUUGGUAAAAUGGGGAGUGGCGCAAUCGCAAUAUCCCUCCCUUUUUCUUGUGUACUUGGACUACUCUCAUCCAUGACCUCAUCAACUAUGGUUAAAAGAAGAUUUGUCUGGGUAUACGCCUCGUUUCAGUUUGCUCUCGUCGUUCUCUUCGCACAUAUCUUUUACUCCGUGGUUGGCAUCCAAGCAGUUCUAUCUAUUCUUCUUGCAACUUUUACGGGGUUUGGUGUCGUGAUGAGCGGUACUUCGAUCCUAGUUGAGUUCAUCCGAUGGAGAAGAAGAUGGCAAGCUUCGUUGGAGCAACAUCAAACACAGAUGAUCACACGACCAGGCCAAUUCCCUAGAACAUCAAGUGUAUAACAAGAAAACCAUUCAUUUCAGAUUAAUAUCGACACCGAACCAAAUAGAUACUACAAAAGCAAUAGCAUAAGUUCAAAUUGUUACUUAGUAAUAUACGCGAUUUCACUCGCUCAAAAUCGGUCAUGACGAACGUGUGUAAAUGAGAAAUUCGUGUUUGUUGUUUACUUGAAGUGUUUUCAAGUCAAUGAAGGAUUGACUUCAUAGACUUCUUUUUGUUUCUUUUUCAUGGUAUUUUUGUAGAACAAAGUUGCAUUGUUUUUUUGUUUUCUCUCUUUUCUUUUUUCAGUGGUGGAUGAGAGUGCUGUAAAAGUAUUUGUGAAAGUUUAUGUUAAUGUAGAUUUGUAUUACUCACUUUCUGAUGUCAGUGCUUUAUGCAAUAAACCAUUCCUCUUCA